CUUCAUCACUUUAUCUAACUAACAAUAAAAUCCCAACUUGGCACCAAUGUGGCACCCAAAGUGGCACCAAUGGACCUGCAGCUCUUGUGGGUUGGCUUCUUUUUGUGCUGUGGGUUUUGGACUCUUGCUUUGAGUGAUCAAGAUGUUUUCCUAAGCUUAUCUUGUGGAGGAACUACCACCUUCACUGACUCCUCCAACAUUUCAUGGAUUCCGGACAUCGACUACAUCGGCACCGGUAACACGUCAAUCAUCGACAAAGGCAAGGGUGGAUCUUUUUCCACCGGCCAUGUUCGGUUCUUCCCCGACACCCGAGCGCGAAAAUGUUACAAGCUACCAUUGAAAAAUGGCUCCUCAUCAGUUCUUAUCAGAGCUCAGUUUGUGUACAAAAACUAUGACAAGCUUGGAAAGCCCCCUGCAUUUGCUGUUUCUAUUGGGACAGCCAUAACUACCAAUGUGAACCUUACCUCUCAUGACCCUUGGACUGAGGAGUUUGUAUGGCCAGUUAACAAAGAAACUGUCUCCUUCUGUUUGCAUUCCAUUCCUGAGGGUGGAAGUCCCUUAAUAUCUUCGGUCGAACUCCGACCGCUGCCACGGGGAGCGUACGACGAUGGCUUGCUUCCUAAUCAGGCUCUUAGAAAGUCGUAUCGAAUCAACUGUGGUUACACUAAUGGAUCUCUCAGGUACCCAAUCGAUCGAUACGAUCGAAUCUGGGACGCGGACGAGAACUUCAAGCCAUUUCAUGUGUCAUCAGGGUUCAAAGUUGAGGCUAACUUUGAUUCUAUACAAGUGAAGGAAGCUCCACCAGCUGUAGUGGUUGAAACAGCUAGAGUUUUGGCAAGAAGAGAUGAGCUGAGCUACAACCUUCCAGUUGAAGAACAAGGAGAUUACUUCGUGAUUUUGUAUUUUGGUGGGAUUCUUGCAGUUCAUCCUUCAUUUGAUGUGUUGAUGAAUGGGAAAAUUAUAGAAUCAAAUUACACGGUUGAAAUGGGAGAGAUGAGGGCUUUGUAUGUCAUUCAAGACCAAAUCAAGAGCUUGAUUAUCACUUUCAAGAGUGUCAAAUUCUAUCCUCAAGUCAAUGCCAUUGAGGUGUAUCAAAUUGUUCAUGUUCCUUUGGAAGCUUCAUCAACCACAGUUUCAGCCCUUCAGGUGAUUCAUCAAUCUAUUGGUUUGAAUUUGGGAUGGGAAGAUGAUCCAUGCUCUCCAAGAACAUGGGAUCAUGUUGGAUGUGAAGGAAACCUCGUCACAUCUCUGGAGCUUUCCGACAUCAACUUCAGGUCGAUCAGCCCGACGUUCGGCGACAUUCUCGACCUCAAAAUACUGGAUUUGCACAACACUUCACUUACCGGGCAGAUAGAAAAUUUGGGCAGCCUGACCCAUCUUGAAAAUUUGAACUUGAGUUACAACAAGCUAACGUCAUUUGGGACAGAUUUCGAGAACCUAAGCAACCUCAAAAUUCUGGACUUGCAGAACAACAGUCUGCAGGGAAUUGUUCCAGACAGCUUGGGAGAACUUGAAGAUCUUCACUUAUUGAAUUUGGAGAACAACAGGCUAGAAGGCACCCUUCCAUUGGCUUUGAACAAAGGAACUCUGGAAAUUAGAACAUCAGGCAACCCUUGUCUGUCUUUCUCCACAAUGACAUGCAAUGAUGUUUCAUCAAACCCAGCCAUUGAAACGCCACAAGUCACAGUGGUUCCUGACAGAAAGAAGGAUAUGAGCAGCCACAAUAGCAACAGUCAUAUGCCAAUCACUGUCAUUGCUUGUGCAGUUGCAGCAGUUUUGCUAGUCCUCAUCACACUCUCUCUUUCAUUUCUACUCUACAUGAGGAAGCAUUCUCAACACACAGCUCAACCCACAUACUCAACAAAGGCAGCAAUGGAGCUAAGGAAUUGGAACGCUGCAAAAGUAUUCUCAUACAAGGAGAUAAAGGCAGCUACAAACAACUUCAAGGAGGUGAUUGGCAGAGGAAGCUUUGGAUCUGUUUAUCUUGGAAAGCUUCCUGAGGGAAAACUUGUGGCUGUCAAAGUAAGGUUUGACAAAAGCCAACUUGGGGCUGAUUCCUUUAUCAACGAGGUUCAUCUCCUGUCUCAAAUUCGUCAUCAAAAUCUCGUUUGUUUGGAAGGAUUUUGUAACGAAUCGAAACGACAAAUACUUGUUUACGAGUAUCUACCGGGUGGAUCCUUGGCUGAUCACAUCUAUGGCAAGAACAAAAAAAGUGUCUCACUUAGCUGGAUUAGAAGACUCAAAGUAGCUGUUGAUGCAGCAAAAGGGUUGGACUAUUUACACAAUGGAAGUGAACCAAGGAUAAUCCACCGUGAUGUUAAGUGUAGUAACAUUCUUUUGGAUAUGGAAAUGAAUGCAAAAGUUUGUGACUUUGGGCUGUCCAAGCAACUACCACAGCCUGAUGCUACUCAUGUCACCACUGUUGUCAAGGGCACCGCUGGCUAUUUGGAUCCCGAGUAUUACUCGACUCAACAGUUAACCGAAAAGAGUGACGUUUAUAGUUUUGGAGUUGUUUUAUUAGAGCUCAUUUGUGGACGAGAGCCUUUGAGUCACACUGGAAAUCCGGAUUCUUUCAACUUGGUGUUAUGGGCGAAACCGUACUUGCAAGCGGGUGCGUUCGAGAUAGUCGAUGAGAGGUUAAGGGGAAGGUUUGAUGUUGAAAGCAUGAAAAAGGCAGCUGUUAUUGCUAUAAGUUGUGUAGAGAGAGAUGCUUCACUAAGGCCUAAUAUUGGACAAGUCUUGGAUGACCUUAAACAAGCUUAUGAUGCUCAAAUUGCUUAUCUUUCUACUUUUGGCCUUUAAUAUUAUUAUUUUUAAACAAUUAUAUUUAUUUAUA